AUGAAAAUAAACACACAACAUCUGACUUCCGGGUUUUUGGCACAUUCAGAUCCUCCUGGAAUUCCUCAAGUUGUGCUCCCGGUUCCAGUCGCAUAUUCCAGAACUGUAACUGAACACAGAACCUUCCCUGAAACAAACACUUACGACAAACUGACGGAAAAUCCCCUUCAAAACGUCCUCAGAGAAUUUUUUCGGAAACUGCUGCGUGGACGCGAUUCUCGAAGACCAACGCACAAACGAACAAACGGCUUCGCUUCUGGAGAGUAUAAAGGCAGCGGAGGCUCAGCCGAAGACAGACUUCAACCGUCACGUGAACGAGUUCAAACUCUCCAGUCUACGGUCACUGUCCUCUUGUCAAAAUGGUCCGUCUGGUUCUGUUAUUUGCCUUGGUGGCCGUGGCCGCCUCCAAUGGGGUCCGCCCCAUCAGACCCAUACCACCACCACCCAAGGACUGCGUCCACUGGUGAACAAACCCCCUCACCAACAGCAAAUACUGCUGCAACGAUGGAACUGGGCCUCAGUUCUCGGUUGAAGAGCAUCCAGGUAAAUGUCCCGAGCACAGGCCAUUCUGUCCACGUGAUGGCGUCACCGCUGGGCCAGCUCUAUGUGCUCACGAUGGCUACUGCAAAAACCCUGGCUCCAAAUGCUGCUGGGACACCUGUCUUAAGCAUCACACCUGCAAACCUGCAAGGAUCUCACACUAAUAAGAUCUGCAAUUCUUGUGUUAUGUUAAUCAGACAUUUUCUGAGUUUUGAAGUUCCUAGAUUGAUUUGAAUUGCUUCAUUGUUAUGUUUUCAUUAUGUGUUAUUAAGAGCAUUAUUA